AUGAAGAAGCUUCGUGGUCUUGUGAAAUUCAGUGAAAAACUCGAGGACGCCAUUCAGUGCUACACACAACUUUGCGUAACGGAAAGUGACUACCACUCGUUCCAGUGCCAGGUAAAGACACUUUGUAGAAAUACAGGUAAACCUUUUUUGCAAGGUUCGCCUCGUACUCUUUUUCUCCUCUCUUCUCGAAUGUGUUUGCUUGAGGAUGCAUGA